CCUAGGUCCACCUAUCAAUAUUGGUGCCCCACAAUCAUCAAUUAAAACCACUUUCACUCUCAAAUAAUUGCCAAAAAAUCAGAAAAUUCACCCCAACCACUUGAACUGCAGCAACAACAUGACUUCCGAUUCCGACCAACAAAAUCUCCGACCACCGCCGCAUGUUCUGAUUUUUCCGAUGCCGGUCCAGGGCCACCUCAACUCCAUGCUAAACCUCUCCCAUCUCUUCUGCCUAGCCGAAUUCGACGUCACCUUCAUCAUCUCCGACUUCAGCCACCGCCGCCUCCUCCAGCACACCACUGUCGCCGCCACCUUCGCCCGCUACCCGGGAUUCCAGUUCCUGGCCUUCCCCGACGGCCUCCCCGAAGACCACCCCCGCAGCGGCCACAGAGCCAUGGAGUUCAUGUCUUCCGUCAAUAACGUCACAGUCCCUCUCUUCAAGGAAAUGAUGAUCCAAGAAAACUUCUUGGCUUCCGCCACUCGUCGCCCGGUUACCUGCUUCGUUGCCGACGGUAUGCUGAGUUUCGCCGCCGACUUUUGUGAAGAGAAUGGAAUUCCUUUAAUCUGCUUCCGAACUGCCACCACUUCCUACUUUUGGGCUCUCUUCCGUUUCCCUCAGCUCCUUGAAGCUCAAGAGAUUCCUUUCCAAGGAAAAUCAAUGGAUGAAUUAAUUGAAAGCAUACCGGGAAUGGAAGGUUUCAUAAGAAGGCGUGACUUGCCAAGUUUCUACCGUGUCGACGACCUAAACGACCCCGUUCUCAAGGACAUUGUAGCUGUAACGAUGCUGAUUAAGAGGGCGAGAGUUGCCAUAUUCAACACUUGUGAAGAUUUAGAGGGGCAGAUAGUUGCAGAGGUACGUAAACAUGUGCCAAGAGUUUUCUCCAUCGGUCCAAUCCACGAGCAAGUCAAAUACAGACUGACGGAGAAGAAGGCGGAGUCCUCCAUCAUCACGGCCAGCCUAUGGGCGGAAGACCGGAGCUGCAUCGAUUGGCUGGACGCGCAGCCGUCUAAAUCCGUCAUCUACGUGAGCUUUGGGAGCUUAGCACUUGUGACUACGGAGCAAGUGUUAGAGGUCUUGCACGGCUUGCUCGAUAGUUCGCAGAGGUUUUUGUGGGUCAUGAGGCCGGAUUCCAUCACCGCCGGAAACGAUGGAGAGGAUCCAGUUCUGGUGGAAUUGAAGGAACUUGUUAAAGGGAAGGGUUUGUUGGUGGCGUGGGCCCCACAGGAGAAGGUGCUCAACCACCCUGCGGUUGGAGGGUUUAUGACGCACAGUGGAUGGAAUUCGACUUUGGAGAGCAUUGCGGCUGGCGUGCCGAUGGUAUGUUGGCCUUAUUUUGGGGACCAAACGACGAAUAGUAGGUUUGUGAGUGAGGUUUGGAGGAUCGGGUUGGAUAUCAAAGACACUUGUGAUAGAAAGAUUAUUGAGAAGGCAAUUAGGGAUUUGAUGGAAGUGAGAAAAGAUGAAUUUAUGGAAAGUUCAGCAAAUUUGGCUAAACUUGUGAAAAAUACUGUUAGUAAAGGGGGUUUGUCAUAUGAUAAUCUGGAUGGCCUAACUCAGUAUAUUAAGUCGUUGGUGAUUUAAUUAUGGAUUGCCAACUGUAUUAAUUUGUUUUGAAUUAUGUGAAAUUAUAUUAGAUGACAAUAAACACAAUUGUACCAAAUAUUGAUUUCAAUCUCUCAUUUAUGCUUGUCA